UAAUGUUUAUUAUUUAUUAUUAUUAUUUAUUUUAUCUAAAAAAACUUUCUUCAGAAAUAUUUUGAAAAUGGAAAACCCAAAAAUCAUUUUAGUGUUUAGCGGCAAAAGAAAAUCUGGGAAAGAUUAUUUAUGUGAGAAGCUUAAACAUAUGUUAGGAGAAGACAGGUGUUGUCUUCUUCGAAUAUCAGAACCUCUUAAAAGGGUUUAUGCUAGAGAUCACAAUUUAGAUUUAGAAGAAUUGUUAAGUGAUGGACCAUACAAAGAAAUUCAUAGGCACAACAUGAUAAAGUGGAGUGAAGAAAUAAGAGAAACGGAUCCUGGUAUUUUUUGUAAAGCAGCUUGUGAGAAAGCGUCUGAUGCUCCAAUUUGGAUAGUUUGUGAUAUUAGGCGAAAGACAGACAUUAAAUGGUUUAAGGAGACCUAUGGACAGCUUGUCAAAAGUAUAAGAAUAUCAGCUGAUAUUGAAGUUAGAAAAAAUAGGGGCUGGAUUUUUACAAAAGAUGUUGAUGAUGCUCCAUCAGAAUGUAAUUUGGAUGAUUUUGAACAUUGGGACCUCCAAGUAUCGAAUAAUAGUAGCGAAGACAGCCAAAAUACCUUGAAAAAGAUAUUAGAACUUGUACCUGAGUAUUAACUUAUAUUAAAAGUAAUAAAUACAGUAUAAUAAUAAAUAUAAUUAAAAGUGAUCUUUUUAAUAAAAAUGUAGGUAUAAUAGACGAACAAUAAAAUUUUAUUGUUAGUUGUUUUUUUAUAAAUUGUAGUUAGUUGUUUUUAUAGAUUAUAAUAUUGUUAUUUUUUAAAUGAAUUUUAACUUUUUGUACUGCUUUAUAAUAUAAUAAAAUACAUGUUUUUGUUGA